CGUCCCUAUAUAUAAGCGUUCCCUGCUUCGGUCUUCCCACUACUUUUUCUCUCUCGCGGGCUCCUGCAAUUCAGCCACGUUCCUUGGAAUUUGAGAAUUUGAGAAGACCCACACAAAUCGCUUCAAUGCAGAGCUUCCUACGGAGGAGAUUGUUGUCGCCAUCCAAAUCCCUUUUCCCCCUUCGCCGGUUCUCUCAGGCUGUUCAGAAGGAGCCUUCUCCCCACAAUGACGCCGCCGUUCCUUCUAUUCCGCCCUUCCAUUACUCUCCUCCGGUGGUCUUCUUCACCAAUUCUGGGACGGAAGCCAACGAGUUAGCUAUGAUGAUAGCUAGGCUUUAUACUGGAUGCCACGACAUAAUAUCACUAAGGAAUGCUUAUCAUGGAAACGCAGCGGGGACCAUGGGGGCCACCGCACAGAGUAACUGGAAAUUUAAUGUCAUACAGAGUGGAGUUCAUCAUGCUUUGAACCCAGAUCCAUACAGAGGUGUCUUUGGUGCAGAUGGAGAAAAGUAUGCAAAAGAUGUUGAAGACUUGGUUGAUUUUGGAACUUCCGGUCAAGUUGCUGCUUUUAUAUCUGAAGCAAUACAGGGAGUUGGGGGUAUUGUUGAAUUAGCCCCUGGUUACUUGCCUGCGGUGUAUGAGACCAUAAAGAAAGCAGGAGGCCUCUGUAUUGCCGAUGAGGUUCAGUCCGGAUUCGCUCGUACUGGAAGCUUCUUCUGGGGGUUCGAGUCCCAAGGUGUUGUUCCUGACAUAGUGACAAUGGCAAAGGGCAUUGGCAAUGGUAUUCCCCUUGGUGCAGUGGUGACCACUCCUGAGAUAGCUGAGGUCUUGACUCGUCGCAGUUAUUUCAACACUUUUGGUGGCAACCCUGUUUGUACUGCUGCUGGACUGGCGGUUUUGAGAGUGAUUGAGAAGGAAAAGCUCCAGGAAAACGCCUUUGUGGUUGGCACCUAUCUGAAAGAUAAACUCACUGCUUUGAAGGACAAAUAUGAAAUUAUUGGAGAUGUGAGGGGAAGAGGACUGAUGCUAGGUGUUGAACUUGUUACUGAUCGUGAGCUGAAAACGCCUGCAAAAGCUGAAACUUUGCAUGUGAUGGACCAAAUGAAAGAAUUGGGAGUGUUGAUUGGGAAAGGUGGAUACUAUGGAAACGUGUUCAGAAUUACUCCUCCCCUCUGCUUCACCAAGGAAGAUGCAGAUUUCCUUGCGGAUGCAAUGGACUAUACAUUGUCUAAGAUGUGAAGUUUGAGAAGGAAGCAUAAGAAUAAGCAGUGGCAUCUGGUGGUGAUCAUAAACACAGAGGCAACUGAAUUCGUAUAGUAUCUCUCUCUCUCUCUCUGUUUUAUUAAGGCUCUGUGUUUAUAAGAAGUAUUAAUAUAUAACUUUUGUGUAGAUUUGUACUUGGGUUAUCUUGGCAAAUAUGAGUCAACACCUCGUUGUCUCUUCCCUUGAAAUUCAUGCCCUUUUUUUUCUCUCUCUCUCUCAUUUCACCCCCAUUGAAUUCUUAAUAUUAAGGUUACAUAGAGUAACGUUGUGGAUAUGGUCCUUUCUCUUUGGAAUAUUGGAUCGUCAAGUUUUAUUGUUUCAUUUUCCUUUUUUGUCGAUCAUGAGGACAUCUUCAGGUUUGGUUACCGUCGUGCAUGAAAAACUCUUCGUUAUGUA